GAGAAAGGCGAACUGGAAAGGCGGAGAAGCCGAGGGACGCCACGGACUCACCGGCUAGGGGACAGCGGCCAGAGCCCACCGACAACGGACGCCAGAGACUCUUUAACUGACAGAAAGGAAACUUUUCCCGUUAUUAAACAGGAGAUAGGGGAGGGACACCUACCUAACUCCACCUGGACUGAUCCCGAACAGCAAGACUGCCAGUUGACACAGCCAGGGUGUAACACCAGGUGGAGCGUUCCCGUCGCAGCUCGCCAUCCGAGGGAGUUCUCUCGCCUCCUCCUCCUCCUCCUCCUCCUCCUCCUCCUCCUCCUCCUCUUCCUCGCACCCCCGCCCUGCCCUGCCCUGCCCCCCCCCUCCUCCUCCUCCUCCUCCUCCAGCCGUUGCCAUGACGUCGGAGCUGGAGAGCAGCCUGACGUCGAUGGACUGGCUCCCGCAGCUGAGCAUGCGCGCGGCCAUCCAGAAGGCGGACGCCCAGAGCGCGAGCGCGCACGUGAAGAAGAGCGCCCCCGGUGGCGGCGGAGGGCUGCUGGACCCGCACACACACACGCUGGACCAGGACGAGGCGCAGCAGCACAAGGACGGCAAGCCGCCCUACAGCUACGCGUCGCUCAUCACCUUCGCCAUCAACUCCUCGCCAAAGAAGAAGAUGACGCUCAGCGAGAUCUACCAGUGGAUCUGCGACAACUUCCCUUACUACAGAGAGGCCGGCAGCGGCUGGAAGAACUCCAUACGGCACAAUCUCUCCUUGAACAAGUGUUUCCUCAAAGUGCCUCGCUCCAAAGACGACCCAGGAAAGGGUUCCUACUGGGCCAUAGAUACAAACCCAAAAGAGGAUGCCCUCCCUACAAGACCCAAGAAGAGGCCACGCUCUGGAGAAAGGGCCUCCACUCCAUACAGUCUGGAGCAGGAGUCGUUGGGAAUGGACUGCAUCAUCCCUGGAAGUGCCUCUCCAACGCUGGCAAUCAACACUGUGACUAACAAGGUGGCGCUGUAUAACCCAGAGCAGGACGGCAGUGACAGCCCCCGGAGCAGCCUCAACAACAGCCUGUCUGACCAGAGCCUGGCCUCAGUCAACCUCAACAGCUACACACCGGUGUCCUCUCACCCUGAGCAGGUGUCCCAGGUGUCGCAGGUGUCCCAGGUGUCGCUGCAGCAGCAGCAGCAGCCCCAGUCCCAGUACAGCAUCCCCGAGCGGGACAAGCAGCUGCUCUUCUCCGACUUCGAAGAUCUCAGUGCCUCUUUCCGCAGCCUGUACAAAUCUGUGUUUGAGCAGUCCUUCAGCCAGCAGGGCUUGAUGGGCAUGCCCUCGGAUUCGGCAGCCCAGCAGACACACACUUCGUGUUCCUACCAGCACUCCCCCAGCAGCAGCACACACUCCCACACACACACUCACGCCCACACACACACACACACACACAGCGGGCAGAACAACAGCACCAACUCCCACCCCAACUCCAUCCCCACCAGCGGAAGCCAAAUGCCCCUGACACACUCCCCCCACCCUGCCCAUGGGUCCCCCCACACACACACACACACACACACACACCCUCAGCACCUGCCCCCGCACGGCCAGCACGGCGGGCACGCCACACACACACAGCACACGCAGCACACACAGCACAGCCAGCACCCCCCGCACACACACUCCCCGCACGCACACGCACACACACACGCACACACAGCCCACUCGGCCCAGCACGGACAGCAGCAGCAGCACCAGCAGCUGGGACACCAGAGCCAGAUGACCUGCAGCAACGCUGGACUCCUCAGUGACUGGUACCCCAGUCUGGAUGCUCUGAAGGAGAGCUGUCGCAUCGCGAGCAGCUACAACUGGGCGGAUGUGGACCUGUCACCCUUCCAAGGUCUGAAGGAGAGCAUGCGCCAGGCGGAGCUGAAUAACUGGUCGCUGGAGCCGACUCAGAUCGCUGACCUCUGCUCCUCCAUCAACCAGUUCUUCGCCCGCACCGGCGUCAUCCCGCCACAGGGGGCAGUGCAGCCACCCGUCUGCCACGGAGCAAUGCACCCCAGCAAGCCCAGCCAGCACAUCAACACAGGAAACAUGUACAUGGACAGCAGACAGACCAUGUCCUCCAUGAUGGGGCCGCCCGGAUACCCCCACAUGCCCCCCAUGAGCAGCGCGGGGCCCACCAUGACCCCCCACGGUCAUCAUGCCCAGAUGAAUCAGCAGCACAUGAUGCCUCCUGGAAACUUCCAGAUGCGGCAGAUGCCAGCGGACGACAUCCAGGACGACUUUGACUGGGAUUCCAUCGUCUAGACGCUCCUCACACAUACACAUACACACACACACACACACACACACACACACACACAUAUACACACACUCCCAUUCACACGCAUACACACACACACUCUCAGCCCAGCAGAGCAGCCCAGGAGAGAUGACUGAUCUGCUGCCAGAAGAGAGGACAACACGUGAUGGACAGAAGGAAUGAUGGAUGGAUAGAUGGAUGGACUGAUGAAUGGAUGAAUGGAUAGAGGGAUGAACUGAAGGACUGGUGGAGGUUGGGACUUCUCCCCCCAUGAAAAAAAGAAAGAAAAAAGAAAAGGUGAAAUGCAGAACAGAAAAAAAGAGACUUGACUAUCGGGGUUUUUAUGAGAAAAUAGAACUGCAAACAGAACUCUGUUCCUUUGAAGACAAUCACGUUUACUAGCGUUUGUUUCAGUGAUGACUUCCUGUCCGUCGUGAUCACUUCCUGUCUGUCGUGGUCCCGUCCGUAGCCUUCCGCCCCCCCGCCUCUCGUGUGCCGCUGUGACCCCUCCCCCGCCUCCUGCUUCUUCCUCUCUCACACACACACACACACACACACACACACACACACACACUCUGCAUCGUCCUUCUUCCUGUCUCUGCCUCUGCAGCCACUCCCUCCGACUGACUCUCACACACCCUAAGCCGGGUGGCAUCUCCACACACACACACACACACACACACCCUCGUAUGCACACACACACCCUCAGUCACUCAUUCACUCUCUCUGUGUCAUGAGGUCUGUCUGAUGUUGAUUAGGAUUGCCAUGGGCUAUAUAUUCAGACACUAUGGGUUGGUGUGUGUGUGUGUGAGUGAGCGAGUGUGAGUGUGUGUGAGAGCGAGUGUGUGUGUGUGUGUGUGAGUGAUGCUUUAUCUGUUUCCCUGUCACAAUGGAGGAAUCAACAGGGCCCAGGUUCUGAACUAUCCAACACACUCACACACACAAGCACACACUGUGUGGAUGAGUGUGAGUGGCCCCAAGGUCUGCAGUGGUGACCUGGAUGUAGCCAAACUCCUGUCCAUCACGGACCCCUCCUCACUCUGCCCCCCGCGGGGGUGUCCCCCCUGCCCAAUGCCCCUCUGCCCAAUGCCCCCCUGCCCCCCCCGCGGGGGUGUCCCCCCUGCCCAAUGCCCCUCUGCCCAAUGCCCCUCUGCCCCCCCCGCGGGGGUGUCCCCCCUGCCCAAUGCCCCUUUGCCCCCCCGGCGCAUGUAGAUGCCCCUCCGGCCUGGCACAAGACUGCCCAGAUCAAGACUGGCCUGUCAAGCAUCUGAAAUCCACCCAAUCAAUCAUGAUCAGUAUUCGUGCCAUACGCAAUCAGUUCUGCACUGCAGACGUGUAGUGUGUGUGUGUGUGUGUGUGUGUGUGUCUGUGUGUGUGUGUGUGUCUGUGUGUGUGAGUGAGUGUGAGAUUAUGCAUGUGAUGCUUGUACACCAGACUAUUGGGUGUAAAGUGGAGUAAUGAUCAGAGAUGAGCACAAAGCAGUUGCACAGGGUUCCGAGGUGUGUGUGUGUGUGUGUGUGUGUGUGUGUGUGUGUGUGUGUGUGUGUGUGUGUGUGUGUGUGUGUGUGUGUGUGUGUGUGUGUGUGUGUGUGUGUGUGUGUGUGUGUGUGUGUGUGUGUGUGUGUGUGUGUGUGUGUGUGUGUGUGUGUGUGUGUGUGUGUGUGUGCUUCCUAGAGAAUGAAUUUGCACAGGGGCAGGUUUGUGCUGAUGGCCCAGAGACAAUCAGAACGUCUUUGUUGCUUUUGGGUUGCUAUGGUGAUCUGGACAGUCACACUCUAAUCAUGCACAUCUCAAACUGGCAGGGUCUGUGGCAUCUCUCCCACACACACACACACACACACACACACACACACACACAUACACACACACACUCUCUCCUGGUGGGCAGUGAACUGUGUGUUUCCUGCCAAUGUGCCCAGAACUAAUCAUGAUGCCCAUCUAAGAGCUCCCUUAUGCUGAUGACGUGUUAAUGUGUGUGUGUGUGUGUGUGAGACACAGAACGUGUGUGUACAGGUUUUCAGAGAGACAUUAGUGCCAAAGAGAGGGGCAGAGUCCAGACCAGGGGUGUCAAGCGGAAGGCCCGCGCAGGUCAUGCUCGCCAGCAGGGGUCAUGAUGUUAUGGUGUCAUGGUUACGCUGGCCAGCAGGGGUCAUGAUGUUAUGGUGUCAUGGUUACGCUGACCAGCAGGGGUCAUGAUGUUAUGGUGUCAUGGUUACGCUGACCAGCAGGGGUCAUGCAGGGGUCAUGAUGUUAUGGUGUCAUGGUUACGCUGGCCCUGCAGGUCAUGCAGGGGUCAUGAUGUUAUGGUGUCAUGGUUACGCUGGCCCUGCAGUUCAGACUGGACACCUGCACAUCUCUCUCUCUUGCUUCCUGGCCAGGUUUGCCUGGUCCAAUCACAAACUGGCUUAGCCACCAGGCGCACCCCGAUCGUUGGUCUGAUUGGUUGAAGGACUAUCCAAAUACUUACGGAGUCAUGUGAACGAUGCCCACUGAUCACGCCUCUUGUGCAGUAGAAAUAAAGCACAGACUCCCCAGACUAAUGUUCAGUCUUAAAAGAUUGAGCUUAGUAUGGUGAUAGCCAGGCUAGUUUUGAGUAUGAGGGAACAAUUGAUUACACCUAGCAAACCAAUUCAUCCUCAAGAAGGAAGGUCAAAAACUGACAAUGAAGUGUUUGGUGCUUCAAGAGAUUUGCUCUUCAGUAGGUAUAACGGAGGAGUAUAUCAAUAAUAUAUAAUAUAAUAUCAAUAAACACAACUCUGAUGCCAAUGCAGAGAGAUGAUGACGGCGACGGUGAUGACCGCCCCCACCAGGUCUCGUCCCAGCAGAUCCGGCCCGCUGCCUGCUAUGAGUUUGACACCCCUGAUGUAGAGUGUUGAAACCAGGAGAUGUGAGUUGGUGGUCCAUUCAGUUUGUAGUAGUAAGUCAUUUUCCCAGUUGUUUUUCCCAGUUAUGAGCAGGAUAUUGCAAUCCCCGAGUGAUUCCUACUCGUCAGCUCAUUCGCACCCCGAGUACCCCGAGUGUGGAUCUCCAAGAUGGCCGCCCCCGUUAACAGGAAGUGAGCCCCAUAGAUGAGCCGCUGUGUCCUGUGGACACCUCGUUAAAGCAGGAACAGAAGCGGCAGUGUGCAGCCUCUAUCUGGCGUGACAUGCGAGUAGAAUACUGUUCAAUGCCUCCUUACAAACUGGCAUUUCUAUAUGCGGCAACAAUCACUAACAACAGACAGUUGCUAUAGCACCUGGAAAUGCAUCCAACUUGGUCUUUACUCACAUGUGACGUCAUUCCCAGUUACCACUUCGGAGUGCCAACAUACAAGGGCACACUGCACUUCCUGUUGCGUUGCCGUGUGGCGGUAGUCGUCCUGCCAGCCUCUGCGUUGCCUGGGCUGCCACGAGUAGCCGUGUCAGAAUCAGAAGGCAGUUUCCUGCUUCCUGUUGCCUUCUGCUGUCUAGCGAGCCGCUUGCCGUAGAGCCAUCAAGUUAUCAGUUGUAAACUUGUUUCAGACGGCCUAGCAAGAUAUCAAAAGCAGGCCGCUAUUGCCGUGAUGCCAGAAAGCAUAACAGCGUUGGACUGCACAGAUCUUGACAUCUAGUUACCAGCAGCUGCUCAUCAUCAGAUGGAAUUCAGGAUGUCAAAGGCAGCAUGAAGGAUACAUCUAUGCUGCCUUUAAAAUUCGUCAAAACGAAGGCAUCUUAGAAGGCAGGACUUUUAUCGUUACGGACACAGCCAAUGGGUCUGUGGCUUUCAAUCAGUUUGAUCACGUCCGAAAGCACCAUGAUGCGUGAGCGUCGUCUCGACGCGUGGUAGAGGAUCUAGCCCCGCCCCCAGGGCACACCGCUGCAGCAGAGAGGAGAAUCGAUCCGCCCGUCCGUCUCCUCGUCUCCAAUCAGAACCUCACACAGCUCUGCGCUCACAGCACUUAAGGGGGCAAUUAUGUUGAGCUGGAAGGGCACUUGCUCCGUGACGGCCAAAGGCCAAGUAUCACCAUGUAAUGAAAGUGAAACUAAAUUCACCAAACUGCCCCAUUAGUCAAACUGGCACCAGUGUUAGCUGACGUGAAACGAAACUCACCAGUCCCACAGCCUGGAACAGCCUGCUUGGCAGACGUGAGAAUAAAAGCACAAUGUUGUCUACAUCUUCUCCAGUGUCCAAUCAGAGAGGAUCUAAAGCAUCUGGUGCCCAGUGAUUGGUGGAAUGGCUCUGCUGAUGGCAACGUGAUUGGAGGAACUUGGGAAAUGAACUGCCUACUAAUAGUCUCGAUUAGCCAGAAUUAGGCAGAGAAAGAGAAACGUCUGUUGGAUCAGUCAGUUUUAAGUGUGUGUGUGUGUGUAUAGUCCCUUUGUGUGUGUGUGUGUGUGUGAGAGAGAGCUUUUCUGUACGUAUCUUUGUGUGCGAGAUGUAACCGUCUCUGAUGACAACUCAUUUUUGCUACUGUGGAGAUGCGCGUGCAAGAGAGAUUACGGUGGAGCCAGACCAGGGCGGUCAUGAGGAGAUCGCCCUGGCAACACUGGCCCUCAGACGAGCGUCAUAGCAACGGCACAGAGACUGUGCCAUAGUGGUGAUGGUGAAAGCAGUCUGCCCAGGCAUAGUGGUGUGUGUCGGAGGCCUCUUUUCUUCAAUGUUGGUGUUGUGCUUACUGUAAAUAAAUGUCUCUACAGUCGUCCUCUUGUU